AUGAUCGUCGGAUUCGCGGCGUGCGUCGUCGCCUCGCUGCUUUUCGGCUCCGUUUUCGUCCCGAUAAAGCAGUUCCCCCCGAGCGACGGCUUCAUGUCGCAGUUCUUCAUGAGCCUCGGAGCAUUCAUCGUCUCGAUCGGCUUUCAAGCCUUUCUCUCGUUUCCUCCAGUCUUCCCGCUCGCCAUGCUUGGUGGAAUGCUUUGGUGUGUCGGUCAGUUGUUUGUUUAGAGAAAUAUUGCUCUACUCAGGAACUCCAGAGUGAUCCCUAUAAGGACAACUUUACCAACCCCUAUAGGGGCCACUAAAGCUUGCAAAAGUGGUCCCUAUAGGCGACGUGCUAGUCAAUAAUUGUUAUGAACUCUAAGCGAAGAAGCAUUUCCAUGAGAAAAAUUGAAUAAAUAAGCGUUUUUUGAAUGAUAUAGAGAGACCCCUGUAGUGACCACUUGAGCUUUAGAGGCUAAGGGGUCAGAUCCUAAACCCCUAAAGGGACCACUUUAAUUUUACCCCUAUACGGACCACUUCUUUGACCCCUAUAGGGAUUUCCUCCCUAACCCCUAUAGGAACCACUUUAAUUGUACUCAUUUACGGACCGCUUCAUUGACCCCUAUAGGAACCACUUUAAUUGUACUCAUUUACGGACCGCUUCAUUGACCCCUAUAGGAACCACUUUAAUUGUACUCCUAUACGGACCACUUCUUUGACCCCUAUAGCAGUUGUUUUCCUUCCUAACCCCUGUAAGGACCACUUCUUUGACCCCUAUAAGGAUUUUUUUUCCCCUAACCCCUAUAGGGACCACUUUAGCUUUACCCCUAUACGGACCGCUUCUUUGACCCCUACAGGGAUUGUUUCCCCCCCCCUAACCCCUUUAGGGAUCACUCUGGAAUUCCUCUCUAACCUCGAAAGGACUAUUCCAGCGAACAGCACGGCUUUCCUCAUCAUGAACCGACUGGGAAUGGCUCUAGGAGUGCUCAUCUGGAACACGUUUUCUUGCACGAUCGGUUGGGCUACAGCCAGGUGUAGUUUUCGACGUAGACUCCUUAAAAUCCCUCUUCUAGGUACGGUCUUUUCGGUGUUCCUCAGUCGCUCCCCAACAGCAUCACCCUCAAUUACAUCGGAAUCGUGCUGUUGCUUGCGGGGUUCACCUUAUUUGAAAUGCCUUUUUAUUAUCCAAUGGCAGAAGCACAUUCUACCUGUUCAUCAAGAGCAAUCUGGACCCAGGAUUGCCUUCAACGGCAAGCAAAGUGGCGUUGAAAGAAGCGGAAGAACAGGUGAGAUCGGAAGAAUCUUGGCAAAGUCCAAGAAAGAAUAGGUUCAAAAGAUGGAUUUGACUGAGGAAGAAGCUGCGCCACCGUCUGUUUCCACUCUCGAGCGAUUUAUGCAAGUUUCUUUGAUUCUUAUUUUUGAAGAUAUCAUUUUUCAGGUCCCCUCUAGGGACCACUUCACCAACCCCUAUAGGGUCCACUAAAGCUUGCAAAAGUGGUCCCUAUAGGGGUUUCAGUUAGUGGUCCCUAUAGGGGAGAUGCUAGUGGAUAAUUUGAGCAUUUUUUGAAUAUACUUGAAAAACCCUUAUAGGAUAAGGACCACCUUGAUUUUCCCCUGUAGGGAUCACUUUUUCGGUGCCUACAGAGGCUGUUUUUCUCCCUAACCCCUAUAGCGACCACUCUAAAAUUUCUGAUUUCAGCUGCGUUUGCGCCGCCGUCGUCAAUGGCUGCUUCUUCGGAUCUAUGUGUACUCCCGUUGCAUACCUACAAGUAGGGACCACAGAUCUAUUUUUCGAACUCGCAUCACUAUUCUGUACGAAACUCCGUUGAAACACAUGGAAAGUACCUAAAAAUCUUUUCAACGGAAAGAGGAACCUUUUCUACAUGUAUGCUGAAAUUUUUAUCAUUUUUCAUUGUUUCUAUCGGUCGUACGAAAUAAUCAAAGACGGAAUACCAAAAAAAUGGCAUUUUUUCCAUCGCGAAAAGGGGCGGGGCUUUGCGGUCGCUACCUACAAGUGAGUCUAUUUUGAAAAGCUUCAGCAUCCCCUUCAAAUUCCUCCUCGACCAGAAAAACUUCUAAAGUCAUGCUGACUUCUGUAUUGGUAUGCGAUACAAUUUUUCAAGCUUCUUUCAAAUCUCUAGGGUGGCAGAUUUUGUAAAAAAUAGUCGGGAUGUUUUCAAAUUCGGACGAUCAGUCUCGGCUUCAUACACUUUUUUGCAGGCACUCUUAGGAAUUUUAGAGCGGUCCCUAUAGGGGUUUAAACUCUGACAUCGUGGCCCCUAAAGCUUAAGGGGUCCCUGUAGGGGCUCGAUCAAUUCUAUUCAAAAAAGGUUAUUUUUAGUUUUCUUCACUUCGUCGCAUAGAGUUCAUAAAAAGUAUCGAUUAGAAUGACCCCUAUAGAGACCCCUUUUACAAGCUUUAGUAGGCCCUAUAGGGUUGGUAAAGUUUGGCAACCUUAGGGACCCUUCAAGAGCCUCUAAAGUUGCCCCUAUAGGGAUCACUCUGGAGUUCCUACAUGUGUUAACUUCUACGUAAACAGAUAUUGCUUCCUUACGGAGUUUUUUUUUCAAAAACCCAGCGUUUUUCAUCGUUUUUCGAAAACCUGAAGCAUUUAGAGCCGUCGUGACGUGUAUCCGGAUGCGCCGACCACCGGCUUGCCUUAUCUUUUCUCCUUUUUCCUCGGCGUCAUCGUCACAUCAACCUUCAUUUUGAUCAUUUAUUCAAUCGUCAAGUAGGUUUCCCGGGUUUUCUUCAGCUCGCAUAGAUGUUCUACAAGGGAUUUCUGAUUAAAACUUUCGUUUUGUUGGGAAUUUCCCUUUCCAGAAGGAACUCACCGACGAUGCCGCCAACGCUGGUGCUUCCGUCUCUGACGAGCGGCGUCAUUUUCGGAUUUUCGGUGGCCGCAUUUUUCGUGGGCAACGAGAGACUCUCGCAGACGAUCGCCUAUCCGAUCUGUGCCAUGGCUCCAGGUCUUGUCGUGUCCCUCUGGAGCGUCCUCUACUUCAAAGAAAUCACGGUCAGUGUGUGGCAUUCGAUUGGAACUUUUUGUCUCACUGCUUAGGAACUCCAGAGUGGUCACUGUAGGAGUGACUUUAGGGGCCCUUGGAGGGUCUUGGGACCACUUUACCAACUCUUAUUGGGGCCACUCAAGCUCGCAAAAGUGAUUUCUAAGUAGUGGCCCUAUAGGGACCAUGCUAGUCGAACUCUAAGCGAAGAAGCAUUGGGAAAACUGAAUAAGUAAGCGUUUAUUGAAUGAAAUUGAAAGACCCCUAUAGGGAGCACUUAAGCUUUAGGGGCUAAGGGGUCAGACCCUAAACCCGCAUAGGGACCAUCUUAAUUUUACCCCUAGAAGGACCACUUUUUCGGCCCCUAUAGCGGUUGUUUUCCUUCCUAACCCCUAUAGGGACCCCUCUUAAAUCCCUAAGUGUUUCAGGGAACGAAGAACCUAAUUCUUCUGUGCAUUGCCUACGGAGCGACGGUGGUUGGAGUGGCGAUGGUGACCGUUUCCAAAGACAUCAAUCUUUGA